AUGGAGGAUGCGCGAGUGUUAUUGGGAUCAGCUUUGGUGGAACUUGAGCUUCCAAAGCAUGAACAUUUCACUCAUCGGCAAGGGGAAUCCGCGAGUCGACUGGACCGAUUUUACUUAUCUUCGUCCUUAAGUGCAUGGAUGCAAUGGCUAGAAGUGACUCCAUCGCCUAUGAUUUCAGAUCAUGCCGAAAUCAUGUUGCAUCUACGGGAUCCAGCCCGCAGGAGACCUACGCAACGCAGAUCCUCAAGACCACCCUACCCUUUCCGCGGCUCUCAUACCGAACGUAUAAUACAGGAGCUUCUUGAGGAGUUACUCGGGUCAGCGCCGCAACGUGACCAACUACGCUGGGACUGCUGGAUAAAGGCGAGCAGAAAAGCAGUUAAAAAUGUUGCUCAACGCGAUAAGAAACGGAGGAAACAAGUUGCAGUAAAGUUAAAACGUCAGAUUCAGGAAAAUAGCAAGACCGGGGUGCAGUUAGUGACGGCGUUAGUCGACGACCUUCGCCAGCGGAAACCAAAACGUGCAGGGGAUCGACUACAUCGGACGCGGGAACAAGUACGCUGGCUUUUUAAGGAGACAGCUGUGUGGGAACGAGAUCAAACUGUCUCACAAAUUCUGCCACCACCCAAUUUGAAAUUUGACCCGGAUAUGCCUAUUCAGGAGCGAUUCUCUAAAGUGUGGAAGCAAAUAACUGGAAAACGGCAUAGUCAGUGUGAUGAAGCAAGCAGUGGAGAACUUUGUCACUAUUCCGUCGGAGAGGAAAGUGAACGAGGCGGAAAACACUCAGCUAAAGGCGUGUUAGCAGUUUAG